AGCUGUGCAGCCCGGCUCGCCUGGGCCCCGCCAGGGCCGCUGUGCCCCCGCCUCCGCACAGGAGCACUCUCUCAAAACUCCCUGAACUUCGGGGACAGUCCCCGAAGCGGCGAAACUCUCAGGGUUGGCAGCCCGGCCCAGGGACCCCCCCCAUCCCGGGCAGCGCUCCUGGACGCCUUCCCCUCGCCGAGCCUCCGGCAGGCACGUGCCCGGACUCCAAGGGCCUCGGGGGACCUCGGAGGGAGCUGACGGUCCCCAGCCCCUUGCCGGGCCACGAUGCUCUUGAGGAAAGUGCCAGGCUUCGUCCCUGCCUCCCCCUGGGGGCUGCGGCUGCCACAGAAGUUCCUCUUCCUUCUCUUCCUCUCGGGCCUUGUCACCCUGUGCUUCGGAGCCCUCUUCCUGCUGCCCCACUCCUCUCGCCUCAAGCGCCUCUUCCUGGCCCCCCGGACCCAGCAGCCUGGCCUGGAGAUGGUGGAGGAAAUUGCCGGCCAUCCUCGGGCUCGCGAGCAGGAGCCGCCCCCCAACCCGGCCCCCGCUGCUCCGGCCCCGGGUAAGCACGACCCCAGCAGCCGGGGCCGCAGGAAAGAGUGGCUGCGGCGCACCCGCCCCACCGGGCAUCGGGAGGAGGAGACCGUCCCGUUCAGCUUUGACUUUAAUGCCUUCCGGAGCCGCCUCCGCCACCCGGUCCUGGGGACAAGGGCCGGUGAGAGUGAGGAGCCCCAGAGCCGAGUGCGAGCACAGCGGGAGAAAAUCAAGGAGAUGAUGCAGUUUGCCUGGCAGAGCUAUAAGCGCUAUGCAAUGGGGAAAAACGAGCUCCGUCCACUAACGAAGGACGGCUACGAGGGUAACAUGUUCGGAGGCCUCAGCGGGGCGACGGUCAUUGAUUCCCUUGACACCCUCUACCUCAUGGAGCUGAAGGAGGAGUUCCAAGAGGCCAAGGCCUGGGUUGAAGAGAGCUUCCACCUGAAUGUGAGCGGAGAAGCAUCCUUGUUUGAGGUGAACAUCCGAUACAUCGGAGGGCUCCUUUCGGCCUUCUACCUGACAGGGGAAGAGGUGUUCCGAAUAAAGGCCAUCAAGCUCGGAGAGAAACUCCUGCCAGCCUUCAACACCCCCACAGGAAUCCCAAAGGGCGUUGUGAGCUUCAAAAGCAGGAGCUGGGGCUGGGCCACGGCAGGCAGCAGCAGCAUCCUGGCGGAGUUUGGAUCCCUGCACUUGGAAUUCUUACACCUCACCGAGCUCUCUGGCAACCAGGUCUUCGCUGAAAAGGUCAGGAACAUCCGCAAGGUCCUCAGGAAGAUCGAUAAGCCCUUCGGCCUCUACCCCAACUUCCUCAGCCCAGUGAGCGGGAACUGGGUGCAACACCACGUCUCAGUUGGAGGACUCGGGGACAGUUUUUAUGAAUAUUUGAUCAAAUCCUGGUUGAUGUCGGCCAAGACAGAUAUGGAGGCUAAAAAUAUGUACUACGAAGCCUUGGAGGCAAUAGAGACCUACUUGCUGAAUGUCUCUCCCGAGGGGCUGACCUACAUUGCUGAGUGGCGAGGGGGGAUUCUGGACCACAAGAUGGGGCACCUGGCCUGUUUCUCCGGGGGCAUGAUCGCCCUCGGCGCUGAGGAUGCCAAGGAAGAAAAGAGGGCCCACUACCGCGAGCUCGCAGCCCAGAUCACCAAGACGUGCCACGAGUCAUACGCCCGCUCAGAUACCAAACUCGGGCCCGAGGCCUUCUGGUUUAACUCCGGCAAAGAGGCAGUGGCCACCCACCUGAGCGAGAGCUACUACAUCCUCCGGCCCGAGGUGGUCGAGAGCUACAUGUACCUGUGGCGGCAGACCCACGACCCCAUCUACAGGGAGUGGGGCUGGGAAGUGGUGAUGGCCCUGGAGAAACACUGUCGGACAGAAGCCGGUUUCUCUGGGAUCCAAGAUGUGUACAACAGCACUCCCAACCACGACAACAAGCAGCAGAGCUUCUUUCUAGCGGAGACGCUAAAGUAUCUCUAUCUUCUGUUCUCUGAAGAUGACGUGCUCUCCCUGGAAGACUGGGUGUUCAACACCGAGGCCCACCCGCUCCCAGUGAGCCACUCAGACAGCUCCGGCAGGACAUAGGACAGGCACUGACCCCGUCUUCCCGCCGCGCCUGGGGCCACCACAGGGAUGCCUUGCCCUUUCGGGAUUUGGGACUGUUCUCAAAGGGAUUGGGAACGUAGGCCCCAUCUCGGGCAGACCCGAGCAGAUGUGUCAGACAAGCAACUUCUUUUCCUCUGUGAGGAGUCAGGACUUGGAGACGCAGCGAUGUCAGACAAGGGCCAUGGUCACACCAGGCUCAGACAUUCCUUCUGUGGAGAAUUUCUAUGAAGCCCACUCACUUGCCAUUCCGGGGCCAAAGGACCGAAGGUUUGCAUAUCUACCCACAUACAUUCAAUUUUCUUCCUUUUGGUUUUUGGGUUUUUGUUUUUGCUUGAUUUUGUCUUUUCUCUAUAGCUGAGUUUUAUCACAAUUAUAGUUUUCAAAAUCAUGUGCUUUCUAAAACAGUGUCAUCCUGAUACAUACACACAAAAUCUUAACCCCAUUAUCUAUAUUUUAAAUGCCUUUUGCCCCACAUUUACUCUAUGUCCAACUAUGUGUCAUUUACUUUAUAAUUUGAGGAGGGGCUCCCCUUUGAUUUGGGUCUAAGUGUUACAGAUCACUAGUGCUAUUUUCAUUAUUGUAAUGGAGAAAUCUGUGAACCAGAAUAAAAGAGUUUAUUGAAUAAGAAA